AUGAAUUUCACAGUCUGUUUCACCUUAUUUCUUUUCCUUGUUCCUCCUUACCUUGCCCUGACAAGGAAAAUAUCCAAAGAGCUCCAACCUGGUUCCUUGGGGUUCCCCCUCAUAGGCCAAAGCCUUUGCUUCCUGCGAGCAAUGCACACCAACACGGUAGAACAAUGGCUUCAAGAGAGAAUAAGAAAAUAUGGUCCCAUUUCUAAACUCAGCCUCUUUGCUACUCCAACAGUGUUCCUACAUGGGCAGGGUGCUAACAAAUUCAUCUUCACUACUUGUGAUGGCAACAUACUUUCAAAUCAGCAACCACCAUCGGUUAGAAGGAUCUGUGGGGAGAGAAAUAUGACAGAGUUGGCUGGUGAUGAUCACAAGCGUGUGAGGGGAGCAGUUGUAUCUUUUCUGAAGCCUGAAAUGUUAAAGCAAUAUGUAGGGAAGACGGAUGAAGAGGUUAGGAGGCAUCUGGAGAUGCAUUGGCAUGGGAAUCAAAAGGUCAUGGUAAUGCCAUUGAUGAAGUCUCUCACUUUCAACAUAAUGAGCUCACUCAUAUUUGGUAUAGAACAUGGGGAAAGAAGAAAUACUCUUGUAGAGCUUCUCCAACAUAUGAUGAACGGCCUGGUGUCACUACCAGUAAAUCUUCCCUUCACACGGUUCAACCGCAGCCUGAAAGCCAGCGCAAAGAUCAGAACACUGAUCAAGGAUCUUAUCAGUGAAAGGAGGGCAGCCUUGGAGCAACGCAUUGCUAUUCCUAAUAAAGAUCUCAUCACUUGCUUGCUUAGCUUCGUAAAUAAUGACGCUUCAGUUCUGAUGUCGGAUGAGGAAAUCGCUGAUAAUGUAAUAGGUGUAAUGAUAGAAGGACAUGACACAUCCUCCGUUCUCAUUACCUUCUUGGUCAGGCAUUUAGCUAAAGAUCAAUCUGUCUAUGAGAACAUCACGAAAGAACAAGCAGAGAUAGCCAAGACCAAGACUUCAGGUGAGCUUCUAACCUGGGAUGACCUUGCCAUGAUGAAAUACACCUGGAGAGUAGCAAUGGAGACUUUAAGGAUGAACCCUCCUCUGUUGGGUUCUUUCAGGAAAGUCAUCAAAGACUUUGAGUAUGAAGGGUACACUAUCCCCAAAGGAUGGCAAGACUGUAUCAUCCUUCACCUCUUGGUGAUCUGGGCUGCAUGCAUGACACACAUGGAUAAGCGGAUUUUCCCUGAUCCAUCAAAGUUUGAUCCAACACGUUUCGAGAAACAAGCAUCGACACCACCCUAUUGCUUUGUUGCAUUCGGAGGAGGAGCCAGGAUUUGUCCUGGAAACGAGUUUGCAAGGAUUGAAACCCUGGUUACAGUCCAUUACCUGGUGACCCGAUUUAAAUAG